UUAUAUCCAUAUUUAUAUCUAGAGCUAUUUUGCAUAGUUUGAGGAUAAGUUCAUUAGUUCCAUCCUGUGUGUUUGAUCAGUGGAAGAAUAGCUGAUUUGAAUCUUGCGUGGGAUGUUCACAGAUUCAAAUUUGGCGGGGGCUGGCGCAUAACGAAACGUACAUAGUACGCCGAAAUUCUGGUAGAUGGCCUCACCGCCGCGCAACUUUUCCAACGCGGCCAUAAUCUGCGCGCGCACGCGACUGCUUGUCCGAUCUUGUAUUCGCACCGAUUCGCACGCAUUCGUCGCGAGAGACCGGAGGACCUUCGUCGUGUCGGCGUCGCGGCGUCGCGGACUUUACACCUAAACGCGCGGCUACCCCGGUCGCGCCACGCGACCGCUCGUCCCGGCUGUUCCUCGCCGGCCGCUCACCCAGGAUCGACGUAACGGUGCGUCCCCUUGUCAUCGCGCGCCUCUCGGAACACUAUCACCUACAUCAGGUCGGCCAUUGUCUUGUCUGCUGCUCUUACUAGCCGACCCUGACUGGGCCUCGCCUCUUCUUCAGCUCCAACCUCGCGCCCGAGGCCGCGGCGUCGCUUUCGGCGCCGGCUCGUUCAGAAUAGUCGUUAAGAACUUAGUUUAAGCAUUUUUAAAUAUGACGCAUGCCUGCGAGCUGCCUGGGAUGACGUUUCCACCCAUGCCGCUCCUCGAGGACGCGCCUCCGAUAUUAACCUUCACGCCGUUUAAUGCCAGCGGGUUUAAAUGCACCUGUGAAUGCUUGGCGACGUGGUUGGUCCUCUGAGAAGAGCAGAAGCGCAAGGGAGUCUUCGGCAGUGCUCAUCGUCAAGGAAGGGGUAGACCAUGGCUGAGGGCAGGCUGGGAGGCCUCGAAGGCUGCUGAAUCGAGACGUGCUCGUCGUCGCUAGUAUCAUUCGAAGCAAGUUUCCUUGGAGGGUCAAUGCUAAGAGAGAUCGGCAGGCUUCCAGGAAACCGAAGGAGCAGCCACGCGGCGCGGACGCGACUCUUCGGGCAAGAUUCGCGCUCGCGCUCGCCUUCGGACCUGCUAGGGAUCAGGACUACUGGACGAGUCCUGAGAAAUAAGACUACGGCUGCGAGGAAUGCAGAAACCAGGACAGUGGACUGCGUCUGGGAGACAACUUCGGAGAAACUAUGUGGAGCGGAAUGUACUUCAUCGAAGACUUUGAAUUAAAGAGUUCAUCGUGCUCUCGUGUCUGCAUCGGCUGAAUGAGUCCUGAGAUUUAGGAAGGGAAAGCUUAUCAGGACCGUGGGAAUCGAAGCACAGGGUUAUACCUGGAAGACUACUUUGGGGAGACCGUAGAGUGUAACCCACUGCAUCGAAGAAUUUGAGUAAAGAGAUCGUAAUUGAAAGUUCAUUGCUGAGUCUGUGGAUAUUCGCCGUGAGCUGGAAGAAGGGGACAGAGGACUUGACGAGCAGUUUUCGAGGAUUUCAGAAGAAAAGCACGGUUUUCAUCGGGGCACACAGGCAGAUGGGAACCGCUCUUCUUAGACCGAACUGGAUGGAUGAGCGCAAAAGACGACAGCGACGACGUGACAUUCGUGACCGAUCGGUAGGGCGAUCUUACCGACUGGCUAGGCUCUUCGAUCCGAUUCGGCUAAGGAAAUCCUAUCAAACUGGAAUUGAUGGAGUUGGAGAAUAUCGUCGCGAACACUGUUUACCUCAAAGCGAGAGAAGGUGGUGGUGACAGCAACAAGGGGAAAAGCAAAAAAUGGCGGAAGAUACUGCAGUUUCCACACAUAUCGCAGUGCAUUGGCCUAAAAGAUAAGUUAGACAUCAAGUACAGCUAUGUGGUGGACCAGCAGCCAAUCGGUAGGCUUCUCUUCAGACAAUUCUGUCAGGACAAGAAGCUCGCUUACCAUCGGUACAACCUCUUCCUAGACGCCAUAGAGAAGUAUGAAAUCGAGAUGGACGAGAACAGGACGGAACUAGCUAAGGAACUUUUCGAGAUGUACUUGAAGAACAACGGGUCCGAGGUGGUCGACAUUCUGAACGACUCGCUGAUCGCCCAGUGCGAGGAACGACUCGGUUCGGGUGGCAAGGAGCUCUUCGUCGAGAUCGCCCAAACGGUGAAAGCUUUCUUGGCGGGAGAGCCUUUCUCGGCUUUCCUCAACAGCUUGUACUUUUACAGGUACCUCCAGUGGAAAUGGCUGGAAGCACAGCCAGUGACCUACAAGACCUUCCGGAUGUACCGCGUCCUGGGGAAGGGAGGCUUCGGCGAGGUCUGCGCCUGCCAGGUCCGAGCGACCGGGAAGAUGUACGCCUGCAAGAAGCUGGAGAAGAAGCGCAUCAAGAAGCGAAAGGGCGAGGCGAUGGUCCUGAUCGAGAAGAACAUCCUCCAGAAGAUCAACUCUAAGUUCGUCGUCUCCCUGGCGUACGCCUACGAGACCAAGGACGCCCUCUGCCUGGUGCUGACCAUCAUGAACGGCGGCGACCUCAAGUUCCACAUUUACAACAUGGGUGGUGAGCCGGGAUUCGACGUGAACAGGGCCAGGUUCUACGCGGCGGAGGUGAUCUGCGGUUUGGAGCAUCUGCACCUGCGCGGGAUCGUCUACAGGGACUGCAAGCCGGAGAACAUCUUGCUGGACGACCACGGCCACGUCAGGAUCUCCGACCUCGGCCUCGCCGUGGAGAUCUCCGAGGGUGACACCGUGCGAGGUCGGGUCGGCACCGUCGGCUACAUGGCCCCGGAGGUCAUAGACAAUGAGAAGUACACCUUUUCGCCGGACUGGUUCGGAUUGGGGUGUCUUCUUUACGAGAUGAUCGAGGGACAGGCUCCCUUCAGGGCCAGGAAGGAGAAGGUCAAGCGCGAGGAGGUCGACAGGCGCGUCAAGGAGGACCAGGAGAUGUACUCGCACAAGUUCACCGAGGACGCCAAGAACCUCUGCCAGCAGCUCCUGAAGAAGAGCCCGAAGAACAGGCUCGGAUGCAAGUGCGGCAGGCACGGGGCCAAGGAGGUCAAGCUGCACGCUUUCUUCCACUCGCUCAACUGGAAGAGACUCGAGGCCGGCAUGUGGGAACCUCCCUUCAUUCCGGAUCCUCAUGCGGUGUACGCGAAGGACGUCCUGGACAUCGAGCAGUUCUCCACGGUUAAGGGUGUUAACUUGGACGCUACGGACGACACGUUUUAUAGCAAAUUCAAUACCGGCAGCGUAUCCAUUCCAUGGCAAAACGAGAUGAUAGAGACUGAGUGUUUUAAGGAGCUGAACGUCUUCGGCCCGAACAACACACCCACUCCGGAUCUGAUGAUCAACAAUCCCCCGGCGAACAACGAGGACAGAGGGUGCUUCCCCUUCAGGAGAAAGAAGAAGCAGAGCGCACGGACCAGAGAGAUCCCGAUCUCCGAGUGCCACCUGAUGGAACUUACGCAAAGCCAAAGCCAAAGCUCGGAACUGCCGGCCAGCUGAUCCAGGACCGAGUCCAGAAGGGAGGAUACACCCUCGUCGGCGACGUCCUCGUCGCGGCGUCAUCGGGGAGGCCGCUCCUCGCGAUGCUGCUUCCGCUUCAGGAGGACCUCCUCCUCCAAGACCUUUAAUUUAGACAGAGUUUAAGCCCCGGAGAAGCAACCGCUGCGCCAUCUCGCGGGAGAACCGCUCGACUUGGAGAUCACGACUCCGGGCGAAGUAGACGCUUCGGACAAUGUCUAAUCGAGUCUGAAAUUGAACCUCUAGGCGAGGUCGAUACCGCUUCCGCUUCGGGGGACCUUCUUCUCCAAGACCUUUAAUUUAGACUGAGUUUAAGCGGCCUCGAACCAUGAAGAAGCGGUCGCUUUAGACGAUAUCUAACCAUGUCUCACCAAAUCGAACCUCGAGGUGAGGUCGAGGUUGCCCCUUGCGACCCUGCAUUCGCUUAAGAACCUCCUCCUUUAAGGCGAUGUGAAAGUGGCCUCGAAGAGGUUUUCUUUAUACAACUUUUCUCCCAACU